UUUUAUAUAUAAUUGAAGAUAAUAUCAUGGGAGUGCAUUAUGAAGAAACACCUUUUGUGGUGAUCUCAGUAAUCUCUAACCUGUUUCUACUUUGAGGGCUGAUUUGAACUAUUUAUAACCUAGCUAUGCACUCGAGAGCAAAGUACUUUGCUCAUAGAAAAAGGCCAAUUAUGGUGAUUCUAUCACUGGUUGGGGCCUGAAUCGUAUGCCUCUACACCAGUCUCUGGUUCUAUCCCUGGGCAGAGGCUGUGCUUAUUCUGGUCAAUAUUUUAUUGACCAUAAGCAUCUGGACUCUGUAUCACUAUUUUAAGGAGACAUUGAUGUACUUUACUGAUAAAUAUUUGCAAGCUAAUCCUGAAGAACUAACCAAAGUUAUUGGAGAUGAUAAUAAAGAUGGAUUCACUUCAAGAAUGCUGGAGGAGCCCUACCCCAAGGAUAAGAUUCCUUUAAUCCAGCGCUGGAAGAUGUCCGAUAGAUUCGUUGCUUAUCUCAUCGUUGUUGAAGGAUAUGCCAAAGUGUUCCCUUUUGUCAAUGUAAAAAUAGUUCAUUUCAAGAGUGCAUUGUUGUUCAUGAAUAUUAAGACACUCUAUAUGGCAUCAUUUUGUCUGUUGGCUCCUCUGCUACAAGCUUUCCAAUAUCUGACUAAGGAAAUUAUUGAUGAUCAAGUACAUUUUAAGCUUUCUUUAUUUUUAAAUUUCUUCACAAUUUGUAUGGCAAUUUGCUCCAUAGUUUUCAUUAUUGGAUUGACAACCAAUUUUAAAAAGACAUUAAAAUUUGAAAAAUUUCGAUCACAAGUGGUGUCAGUGAACUUAAUGCAGGGUAGUUAUCUGAUAAUCAGAAUCUUAUUUACAUUCUUCCCUCUCAAAUACACAGAUUAUACCAAGGAUGAGUCUUUCGUGCUGACAGUAGUGUGAUCUUACUCUGUUGUGCUCUGUAUCUUCACCCUGCUGCAGCUAUAUAGCUUUAAUGCAAGUAGAGUGAUCAAUUACAUAAAUGAGGAGGAUAAAAUGGCUGCUCCUCCCAUUCGAUCUAGCUUGACUGAACAGAAGUUCUGAGGGAAAUAGACAUUUUCUCUAAUUUUC